AUGAACCUCGACUCCCUCCAGUCCCACCGCGUCCAGCUCGCGCUAACAGCCCUUGGAGCCGCCGCGCUCACCGCCGGGGCGUUCACCGGCUACCAGCAGUACACGAAAAACGUCCGCCGCCGCCACCUCGCCGAGGACGUCGUCCGCUCGCUCCAGAGCCACACCAACGGCAGCAAGGGCAAGGCGCGCGAGACCACGGAAGAGCCGCACCAAAUCCACAUCCAAGGUGUGAGCGCGGACGAGCUCCCGCCGGAGUACGACGAGGGGCUGGUGCGCGAGCAGCUGGCGCGCAACUAUGCGUUUUUCGGCGACGAGGGCAUGGCGCGCGUCCGCCAGGGCACCGUCGUCAUCGUCGGCUGCGGCGGGGUGGGCAGCUGGGCAGCGGUCAUGCUUGCACGCUCCGGCGUGCGGAAGCUGCGCCUCGUCGACUUUGACAUGGUCACGCUCUCCUCUCUCAACCGCCACGCGACCGCGGUCCUCGAGGACGUCGGCACGUCCAAGGUGCGCUGCGUCGAGCGCACGCUCAAGCAGAUCUCGCGCGUCGUAGAGGUCGACGCCCGUGUCGAGCUUUGGCGCACGGAGACUGGUGGCGACCUUCUCGCUGGCGCAGACUGGGUCGUCGACGGGAUCGACAACGUCACGACGAAGGUCGAAUUGCUCAAGUACUGCCAUGUACACAACAUCCCCGUCUUCUCGUCCAUGGGCUCCGGCGCCAAGUGCGACCCGACGCGCAUCCAGAUCAGCGACAUAUCCUACACCGAGUACGACCCGCUCGCGCGCUCGGUCCGCCGUCGCCUGCGUCUCGAGGGCGUCCAUGGAGGUAUCCCCGUCGUGUACUCGACCGAGGUCCCGGGCGACGUGAAGCUUCUGCCGCUGCCCGAGGAGGAAUACAAGAAGGGGAACGUCAAGGAGCUCGGCGCGUUCGACGACUUCCGCGUGCGGAUAUUGCCCGUGCUCGGUCCGCUCCCGGCGAUCUUCGGCCUGAACAUCGCGACGUACAUCGUGUGCGAGCUCGCAGGGAAGCCGAUAUCGAACCCGCUGCCCGUCAAGGGCCGCAAGAAGCCCAGCGGGAAGCUCUGCCGCGACCUCCAAAAGCGCGAGGAAAAGUUCCUCGGGCGCGUCAUCAACAAACUCUCGCUCAACGACGACGACUGCGGCUUCCUCUUCGACGACAUUCAUCGUGGGCGCUCCAUCGUGCCCCCGCAUCCUAUCCCCGAGUGGCCUGCGCUCGUCCGCUGGGACCCGGCCGCGCCCUUGUCGCUCGAAAACGUUGUCGCGUUUGAGCAUGCCGACGCGGAGCGCCACCUCUCCGAGUGCCUUUUGGGUAAGAAGGACCCGGCGGAGGUGUGGGCACCGGAAGUCGUGGACGUCGUGAAGAGACGACAGGAAGAGGUGCGGAGGGUCGUCGAAUGGAUAAUGUGA